CUGCGCCUGCGACCCGCUUUCGCCGCGUUCCUCGCUGCAUCUGCAAAGUUGUGCUCUGUAUCCUCCUCCCCCAAUAUACGCCAGCAGUAAACAUGUGCCUGUUGGUGGCCAUCUGACCCAAAGCCUCACCACACUCUCUCCCUCUGUCACCUUGCUGCCUUCUCUGUUACAGCCUGUCGCUUGGUCACCACCCAGGGCAACCAUCUGUUUUUACUUACAACCUACGUCUCUCCUCUGAAACACCUCUCCUAACCACUUGCGACACGGUCAUCGACAAUGACAACCCUCGGCGAUGACCUCCUCCGCACAGUCAACAAGCUCCAAGACCUCGUCUUCAACACUAUCGGCAAUGACUCCCUCGAUCUCCCCCAGAUAGUCGUGGUCGGUUCGCAGUCCUCGGGGAAAUCCUCUGUGCUGGAAAACAUUGUGGGCCGGGAUUUUCUUCCCCGUGGAAGUGGCAUUGUAACUCGUCGGCCGCUGAUAUUGCAGCUCAUCAACAUCCCUCCAGAAGAUGAUGACUCAGAUACCAACGGCAAUGGCGAUGUGCACGUUCCCCAUACGGCAGCCAGCGUGGCAGAACACGGGGAGUGGGCAGAGUUUCACCAUAUCCCUGGUCGCAAGUUCACUGAUUUCAACCAAGUCCGCGCCGAGAUCGAAAACGAGACGGCGAGGAUAGCGGGCAACAACAAGGGCAUCAACAGACAGCCCAUUAACCUCAAGAUCUUUUCUCCACAUGUCCUCAAUCUCACCUUGGUCGAUCUGCCUGGGUUGACUAAAGUCCCUAUAGGCGACCAGCCCUCGGACAUUGAGAAGCAGACAAGAACCCUCAUAUCCGAAUACAUUGCCAAACCCAACAGCAUCAUCCUCGCCGUUUCUCCUGCCAACGUCGAUAUUGUCAACUCAGAAGCCCUGAAGCUCGCUCGGCAUGUUGACCCCAUGGGAAGAAGGACCAUUGGUGUCCUGACAAAAUUGGAUUUGAUGGAUCAUGGCACAAACGCCUUGGAUAUCCUGUCUGGUCGCGUCUAUCCGCUGAAGCUUGGAUUCAUUGGCGUUGUCAACCGAUCGCAACAAGAUAUCCAAACCAACAAACCCAUGUCCGAAGCUCUCAGAUCAGAGGCGGAAUUUUUCAGACACCAUCCCGCCUAUCGGAAUAUGGCCACAAGAUGUGGAACACAAUACCUAGCAAAAACAUUGAACACGACUCUCAUGGGCCACAUCCGCGAUCGAUUACCAGACAUCAAGGCGCGGUUGAACACUUUGAUGGGCCAGACACAGCAAGAGCUGGCCUCUUAUGGGAGCAAGCAGUUCAGCGGCAAGGAGCAUCGCGGAUCAUUGAUCCUUCAACUCAUGACGCGCUUCGCGACGUCUUUCAUCUCUUCUAUCGACGGCACAUCUUCAGAAAUAUCCACAAAAGAGCUUUGUGGUGGUGCCAGGAUUUACUAUAUCUUCAACUCAGUAUUUGGCAACUCUCUAGAAACUAUCGAUCCCACGCACAACCUGUCUGUUCUCGAUAUCCGAACCGCCAUUCGAAACUCCACCGGGCCGCGACCAAGUCUUUUUGUUCCCGAGCUUGCCUUUGACCUGCUCGUGAAACCACAAAUCAAGCUGCUGGAAAUUCCCAGUCAGCGGUGCGUGGAAUUAGUCUAUGAGGAGCUGAUCAAAAUAUGCCAUACAUGCGGAUCUACAGAGCUGUCCAGAUUUCCCAGGUUACAGGGCAAGCUUAUCGAGGUCGUCUCGGACCUGUUGCGAGAGCGACUCGGUCCCUGUUCAAAUUACGUUGAGUCACUGAUCGCCAUCCAACGCGCGUACAUCAACACAAACCAUCCGAAUUUCCUUGGAGCAGCCGCAGCCAUGUCUUCUGUCAUUGCAAGCAAGAACGAGAAGGACAAGAAACUAGCACAAGCCGAAGAGAGACGAAAACGUGAGAAGCAGCGCAUGAAGCAGUUAGGCGUUAAUGGCGCCGCCACACCAGAUGAAGAAGACGCUGAACAAGAAGACAAGCCUACCUCGUUGCCAAACCGGAAACACCCGACCCUGAGCCGCAGCAUGUCACCCGCUGUGACUCGCGAGCGCGAGAACGGCAUAGGCAGCAUCUCCGCGGCUGCAGGGUCAGCAGGCGCAGCCAGGGACUCAUUCCUCAAUUACUUCUUUGGAAAGGAAGGCGGGCUACCAGGUGCCUCGCUACAGGGCAGCCCUGCUGUUGUUCCAUCGUCUGCCUCCGUGGCGCAAAGACAUGUCAGCCACAGCGUCGACCCGAGCUUCGCCCAGAGCAUGCGUCGAAUGGACCGUGGAAGCUUUACAGAUCGAUCGCCAGUGUACCCGCCGGCGCUGCAUGACGAUUAUGCACCCGGGUCCGAAUAUGGCGAUUCGAGCUUACUAUUCCCUGAACAAAAUGCAGAACCUGCUCUGACGGAACGCGAGGCCUUGGAAACCGAGCUCAUUCGCCGUCUCAUCUCCAGCUAUUUCAAUAUUGUCCGCGAAACCAUUGCCGAUCAAGUGCCGAAAGCCAUUAUGCACUUACUCGUAAACCAUUCGAGGGAUGAAGUGCAAAAUCGUCUGGUCAGCGAGCUGUACAAGGAGGAUCUAUUUGGCGAGCUACUGUACGAGGAUGAUGGGAUCAAGAAGGAGAGGGAAAAGUGCGAGAAGCUGCUGGCAACAUAUAAGGAGGCCGCGAAGAUUGUUGGGGAGGUGUUGUAGUGCAGGAGUGCGUGGAAGAAGUAAGGACCUGCAACAAAUCGUGUGGAUUACUGUGGCUGCUUCGACAAGGAGCAAGCAUUGUUGACGGAUCGAUCCUCUUCUCCUCUGCGGCAAGAAGAGUCUCCCCUCGACGCGAGUUUCAUAGACUCUCACGUGUUUAUGUAUCUAUGUAUCCAGCUCAGACUUUGGGCACCCCCAGUGCAGAGGGACUGGCCUGUAAAUUGAUCAUACCACCACUGUUACGAAGACCUCAUAUCGAGCAUUGGACAAGGGGUUGGAGGGAAAUGGUCAUGUGCCUUGUCUUGAGGGAAGGGGGGAGCAUAUGGCCACUGUAUAUACUCUGGGAUUGUAGUGACGGCAUUUUGCAGUGACCAAACUUGUCUAUCUAAACCAUUCUAACCGGCUGC